AUGCUCGACUGCAUCAAAGUGGAGACGUGUACGCGCACCGGGACCUGCUCUCCGCCGGUGAUCACUGAGCGGCCCGCGUGCGCAGGGUGCACGCGCCUCAUCUCAGAGCGCUUCCUGAUGUGCGUGAACGGCGCCUUUUGGCACGAGCGCUGCCUGCAGUGCGCCGCGUGCCAGCAGCCGCUCACCGCCACCUGCUACUUCCGGGACACCAAACUCUACUGCAAGAACCAUUACCGACAGUAA